GGAAGAGAAGCAGCAUGAACCCACCAAAGCCUCGAUAUGAAAGUCUGUCAAACUUUGGUUUGUUUCAUCUUCCUCUACCUGCAGGAUGGAAAUACUGGACUUGCCAGCGCUGAAACUCUCCUGUAUGAAGGAGUGGAAGGAGGAAACAUCACAGUUGAAUGCAAAUUUGUGAUACUUGGAAGAAAAACAUUGUUCUGCAAAGACAAAUGUGAAAAAGGAGACGUUCUCAUUGAAACAGCUGAUUACACAGCUCAGAGCGGCAGAUACAGCAUUAAAUAUGAAAAAAAUUAUUUCUCAAAGGAUAUUGUGCAUGUGAGCAUCACACAGCUGAACAAGUCUGACUCAGGAUGGUACAGAUGCACACUGGACACAAGUUUACAACCAUGUGAUUUUCAGCUUGUCAUCACAGGAGUCUCCAUGACAACAACAAGAACAACAACAACACAGAAUUUUAACUUCCAUGACACAACCGUGAUAGAGUCUCAUUCAGCUGGCUCAGGUUUCCCCUUGCAUUUGGUUAUAUGUAUAACUGUGGUGGUGGUUCUGCUGCCUGUUGUUCUGCUGCUCAUCUAUAGAAAAAAGGCUGGUGGCUGUUUCGGUCUAAACAGCAGGAGACACUCAGAACAAGGCCAGCCUGAGAUUGGUCUCAGUGAACUCUAUCAUCCAGUCUCCUCAUGUGAAGACUCGAUCUACCAAAGCCUCAAUAUAGCCAGCAGAGAUCACGACCAAAUCUACUCUACACUCAGACACAAUAAGCAGUUUUCAGACAUGAGCUCCUGUCAGACUGAAUGACUGCAUGAAAUAUGGCAAUAGUACUUCUAUUGUUUACAUUACCAAGCUCAGUGACGUGGAUUUUGUCGUCAGACUUUGAGCUCAAGGUUUUGUGCAGAUGUCCACGUGCCUGCCAACUUUUAAUGAUGGCAGAUAUGAGUCAUUUGCAGAGGACAGGAAACUCCUCUACAGUGCACCAACUAUGAGUUCAAGGAAAUGUAUCGUGAUAGUGUCAGAGUCUAUCUUGGUUUAUUUUCAUACACUUGAUUUAUUCCUAGUUUUUUAAGGAUGUACCUGCAGCCUUAGCCUGCAUUCCAAAUGUUUUCUAUUUAAAAUCCGGGUAACUUUCCUCCAGAUAGAAAAACAUAAACAUAAUGGACAAAUCUGAACCUCAAGGGAGUGACUUUAUACUCUCUAAUAUCAAAA